AUGCGAGCGGGUUCAGGAGAAUUGCCUGCGCCACAUCAACUCCCUGGGAAAAAGGGUGAUGACACAGCAGUGCCGAAAGCUCCAUCAAGAGGGAAGCCCCGCGCUCAAUUCCUGCUUGACAUUCCGGCCCACGAGUACAAGCUGCCUUGCGACGGACCAAUCAAUGCAACUCUCGUAGAUCUGAUCGUAAUACUCCCACAAUGGUUCCGCAAUCCUGCUGUCGCAUAUCGCAUGUUGAACAACGGUAUCAGUGCCGCAGUUCACUUUGCAAUCUUGGACAAGCACCGCCACCUCGGCUUGACCAGUUCAGAAGAAGCGGAGCGCGCCCGCGACCAUAUCUCGGACACGUAUCGAAAGAAGAUGCGCAACACAUGGCCAAACUGGACCAAAGCGAAGCAUCCCGUGCCGUGUGAUUGGAAUAAGACGGCGAUGUCCAUCGCCAAUUUCUUUCCCGAAGCUGCAAACAGAGAUGACUAUGUCCCACCGCCGUCGAUACCAUUCAAGAACUUGGCGAUCGGUCUGAAGAGUUUACCCCAGGAUGACGAUGUGGGCGACCUUACUCGCGCAUUGGACUUCGCGCUGCGGUACCAGAAGCUUGAUGAGCACGACCAUCCGACGGACUUCAUGUUCCCGGAUGAUGUCCAGCUCAUUCUCAGAUGCAUUGGUCCCACUGAAAUUACCCAAGACCGUUACGAUGAGGCUGUCAUAAGUCGGUACUCCGAAGCGGUUCGAGUGGCAGAAAGUGAGCGUCGAAAGCAACUAAAUGAACAGCGGCGCCAGCAACGGGCUGCCGAGGAGGCAGCUGCUCAGCCUGUUCCCUAUUUCUACCCUGAUCAGCCUUCGUCGCUUGGAGGCUUUCCGAUGGAUCUACUGGCUCAGCAGCAAAUGCAGCCGGCGGUUGACUUCUCGUAUCCGAAUCAAGGAUACCACGGUAUGCCUCCGACGGGGAUGGGCGUUUUAAUGCCCAAUGCUGAACAGCAUCCACCAGGAACGGAAGCCAACUCACAAGAUUUACUCCAGUGGCCUCCGCAGAUGCAGUCACAGCCUCAAGAGUACAACGAAUCGAACUUUGCCGAGCACAGCUAUAGCCACCCACUCCGACUGCACCCAGUACGAUCGAGAUCGCAAGAGGCCGCUGCAGCAGUAGCAUCAGAGCUCGUAUACCAGGCUUCUCAGCCAGCCCCUGUGAACUUGCCCGCCAUCCCCGAUAUCUGCAUACCCGAAGGCUAUGUACAAGACGACAACGCUUUCCCAGACUCUUGGCUAUAUCUCAAUCCCCAGGAAGCAGCAGGGCAAAUGGAUGCACUCAUGGCAGCAAACCAGACGUUUGACUUCAGCGACGUGGAACGAUUGGCGUGGCCGUCGCUGCAACCCCGAUUUAAUUAUAGUCCUGACACGCCUUUGCUGGAUUGUCCGGAGGCGCAGGAUUCGCAUGAUUGGGGCGAGCUCGCUCGUGCGGCGCGAUGGGCACGGUCCCAUACGCAUCCUUGUGGCCGUGCAUUCACGGUCGGAGAUAUCGAUGCUGUGUUAGCUUUCUUUGAAGGCCCGGGGGCGCAGUUUGAGCAAGACAGGAGUUGA